CCUCUGCCCAGCCUCGCUGCCGCCCGCGCCGGGAGAGGAGGGACUGCGGAGCCCACACCUGCAAACUCCCCCUAGAAGUCUCGGGGUGCGGCGGGGAGCCCUUCCCCAGGCCCCACGGCCUCCACCUCUCCGCGGGUGGCCUCAGCCCCUGUCCGGGUACCUGUGCCAAUGACCCUAGUGGUGGUUUCGCUUUCUCCCCUCGCGGCGGUGUGAACGUGUGUCCGCAGCGUGAUGGGCAACCAGGUGGAGAAACUGACCCACCUAAGUUACAAGGAAGUUCCCACGGCCGAUCCGACUGGCUUGGACCGGGACGACGGGCCCCGCAUCGGGGUCUCCUACAUUUUCUCCAAUGACGAUGAGGACGUGGAGCCGCAGCCGCCGCCUCAGGGGCCAGAUGGCGGCGGCUUGCCCGACGGUGGGGACGGGCCGCCGCCCCCCCAGCCUCAGCCUUACGAUCCGCGGCUGCACGAGGUGGAAUGCUCCGUGUUCUACCGGGACGAGUGCAUCUACCAGAAGAGCUUCGCGCCGGGCUCGGCGGCGCUGAGUACCUACACACCGGAGAACCUGCUCAACAAGUGCAAGCCGGGCGACCUGGUGGAGUUCGUGUCGCAGGCUCAGUACCCACACUGGGCCGUAUAUGUGGGUAACUUCCAGGUGGUGCACCUGCACCGGCUGGAGGUGAUUAACAGCUUCCUGACGGACGCCAGCCAGGGCCGUAGAGGCCGCGUGGUCAACGAUCUGUACCGCUACAAGCCGCUGAGCCCCAGCGCCGUGGUGCGCAACGCGCUGGCGCACGUGGGCGCCAAGGAGCGCGAGCUGAGCUGGCGAAACUCGGAGAGUUUCGCCGCCUGGUGCCGCUACGGCAAACGCGAGUUCAAGAUCGGCGGCGAGCUGCGCAUCGGCAAGCAGCCCUACCGGCUUCAGAUUCAGCUGUCGGCGCAGCGCAGCCACACGCUCGAGUUCCAGAGCCUGGAGGACCUGAUCAUGGAGAAGCGUCGCAACGACCAGAUCGGGCGCGUGGCUGUGCUGCAGGAGCUCGCCACGCACCUGCACCCGGCGGAGCCGGAGGAGGGCGACAGCAACGUGGCACGGACUACGCCGCCUCCCGGGCGCCCCCCUGCGCCCAGCUCCGAGGCGGAGGACGGAGAGGCGGUGGCAUACUGAUGGGCGAGCUGAGCGCUGAACUGUGAAGGGGAGCUGUUUGCAGUAGCAGCCGCUGCCCCCUUUCUCCCUCUUUUUCUCCCUCCUCCGCCACCGUCUGGGCCCCAUCUGGGAUUUCUGGGCCCUUUGGAAAAGAGUUGGUGAAAUGUGCAGCCGGCUGUGGACGGGGGAGGAGGAAGGGGACAGAGGGAGCAGGUAGGAAACAUUUUAGCUGGGUGCUGGGGGGUGGGGGGCUCUCCCUCCCUUCCCUAAAUCUGUCUUCCUUUCCGCGGUGGGGCAAACUGGGCUUGCCUGGCACUUAAUGCUUGUUAGAUCUGGGUUUAUAAUCGGCCAUUCUUAAUCACGUGGGGUUGGAGAAAAGUUCAGAGUACCCAUUACUGCCGUAGCUUCCUACCCUGGGUUUGGAAAAAUCGUGGUACGAAGGCCAAAGCGGGUUUGUGGAGUCGCCACGGCGGGGCCAGCCCGAGAGCUGCUUAUCUGCUUUGGUGAAGCAGAGCUGAGCUGUGUAUGGGAUGCAGGAGGCUGGGGUGAUUUAUUUUAUGGGAUUCAUGGAGCGUAGGGCUGGUGAAUCCAUGACAAGGUCUGGGAGCAGCAGACCAAAACCGCAGGAGCCUCCUAUUAAGUGUAACAAAUAGUUAAGCAAACUCCAGCUACAAACAAAGACUUUGCUACCUCCCUUCUACACAACCCCCAAGUAAUUAGUCUUCAGGAGCUGGCUUUUAGCUGAGGCUCCGGCUACCUCCUGCUCCCCCCGCCUCUUUCCAGGUUAAAAGUAAAUCAUUGUCAAGGGCCAGCCAGGGGAAGGUUUCAAUUAAGGUUCUGUUCUGCUGCCUUUGUUUCUCUCCUGCUGUUCUAGACACUUACGGCUGCGUUGUUAUGAAAGGAGGGAAUGGCCCUUUGUGUCUUUGAUCUAAUUAAACCUGCUCGGCUGUGUUCAUGGGCAGGGCAGGUCACAGAUAGGGUUGGCUGUGCCACCCCAUAAAAUAUCUACUGUGGAAGCAGCCACAAAGGGCUGCCCUGGCAGGAAUUAGUCUCUCCUUUUACUCCCUUUCCUGAAGAGUGAAGGGAGCCCUUUUAAAACAAAGAUUUGGUAGUAAUCCUGUGAUUUUUUUUUUUUCUUCCCCCACCCCCUCACUGGCCCAUCCCCCCUCACCCUCACUUUUGAUCUCCUGGUGGUGAAAUCUUAGGCUGAACAUGUAUUUCAAUGGCAAGAUACUUGAUACUUAUUUUGCUACCCACACUUAAUGCAAUUUAGUUCAAGGUGCACAGUCUUGUACUGUAGCAGUCUCCUGGUUGCCUGGAGAACACCUCCUUUAGAGACCUGUGUUAAAUAAGAGGGGCAGUGUUGAUCACAGGUGCCACCCGGUUAGUCAGCACCGAAUCUGACUUUGGUGACAGUCCUAAAGCACAGUUGGUGAUUGUGAGAUCUGUUAGUGGCAGACUGAGCAGAUACUACUUGGUUUGCAUAGUAUGAGACAUUUUCCAUCUAGCCUGUCUCUUAAAUUUCUGUGAGAUCUUAAUGAUGUUUGCCUCAGUUGCAGAAUAGCUUCUCUGCUGCACAUUGCCGUUGCUGUCUCAAAAGUUGAGUGAAGUUAGAGGUUCCUUUUUUUUCUUUUUCCUCUCUUGGGAGUCAUAAACUACUGUGUACAAGUCAUUUUGUGAUGCAGUUCUUAACAGUUGGAAUAGAAUCGUAGCCGAGUGUCCACAAGCAUGGCUCUCCUAAGUCGAGGCAACAAAACUUAAAGGAUUUUCUAGUAUACUUGUUUCACACAUGGACGUUGAGGCCAUUCUCUAAAAGCUUGGACCUUUGUAGCUCCUCAACGUGAAAGGGCGUUAGCUGUGUUACCUGUUUUUACAGUGAUCACCAAACAGAUCUGGCCACUUUGAUUGUUAAAGAUGAACUUCAUUCUGGCCCUGGUCUGGGACUUUGGAGGGAGAUGAAUUUCUUGUUGGAAAUGUAGAUCUGGUGUCCAUAUUCACAGCUUUGUGUUUAUUCUCUUUGCUCAUCGAAUAGCAGAGCAAGAUAAACAUGGGUUCAGACAUUUAAGAGAACCUGCUAUAUCUAGCUGGGUUGGGUUUUCUUUCAUGCUUAACGCGGUAGUGAAAAUAGAAGGUAGGCCGGGCGCGGUGGGUCACGCCUGUAAUCCCAGCACUUUGGCAGGCUGAGGCGGGUGCAUCACCUGAGGUCAGGAGUUCGAGACCAGCCUGGCCAACAUGGCAAAACCCUACAUGGCAAAAUCUCUACUACAAAUACAGAAAAUUAGCUGGGCGUGGUGGCGGGCACCUGUAAUCCCAGCUACUUGGGAGGCUGAGGCAGGAGAAUUCCUUGAACCCAGGAGGCGGAGGUGGCAGUGAGCCAAGAUUGCACCACUGCACUCCAACUGGGGUAACAGAGCAAGUAAUGACCACUGUGUAGACAAGUGGGAGGGAAGAACAGAAUGGCACUGUCCAGCUCUGGGCUAGCCAGCUCAUUUUCAACUCCGCCACCCCUGCCUCCUUCCUCUGUGCCAGAGUGGAAGGAAAGUAAUGUAUGGUGACACUGAAGUAUAGCAGCGACUGUGUUAUGAACAAACUGCUCUAAGAGAGCUCAACUUGAAGGAAGAGCUCCUACAAAAUCCACAGCAGCAGUAGCAUUUUACCUCUAGAGAAGAGGUUUUCAAUAACAGGGCUUGGAAGUGAACUAGAAUGGAAAUAGGUCUCUUCAAAUGCUUUCCCGUCUAAUGCAAGUGUUUCUACAGGGUCCCAGAGGUGUGAAAUAUGUGACACUUAGGAACAGUGAUUUUUAGUGGGAAUUUUCUUAGGGUUAUAACACUCAAAGCAAAAACCAGUAAGAGCUCCAGGAAAGGGGAAUGAAUGAAUUCUUGGUUCUUUCCUCAAGUCGGCAGUGUUGUGGAUAAGUGUGUUUUUAAUGCCCUGGCAAUGGCUACAUUUGACACUUUAGAAAAAAUAAACAUAUUUAAUAAUUUUUGUUUCUCCUUAGGAAUAAGACUUUAGAACUGUUUUGUACUGUGAAUUACGGAUGCUCUUUGAAGGAAAGAAAUAUCGAUUCUAAUGUUCUUCAGAAGCUCUGGCAGGGAUAAGCAGGACAUCGACUGGAACAUAUGCUAAAUGAAAGCAGACAAAUUCUAUUUUCUUACCUGAGCAAAUAUUUUAUUGAAACUGCUUAUGUAUGUCAAAGGCGCCCACAACUUCAGCUACACAACUUUUUGUAUUGAAAGAACUCCUACUUUUGUAGCUUUUAUUUCACAUUUAAUCGAAAAUGACUUUUAGCACUAAAAUGCCUAGAAGAUUUUACUCCAGACCUAUAAGGAAAUGUUUAGUUUUUAUGAAAAAUGACAAGUCAGUGGUUAAACUUCUCAUGUCUUCGGCGCUUUGGCCCUAGUAGCGCUGGGCAACACCACGACCACAUGGAAACAUAUUUUUGGAAGCAGAACUUUAAUUUUAUAUAACGUAUGCUACGGAGAGCUAAGAAAAUUUAAGGACUACUUGUUUUCUAUUUUUUUCUUAAUAAAAUGCAAUCCACUGUGUUGAAGACUGUUGAUAUCAUGUGCUCGUCUAACCAUGUUUUGUUUUAUAAAUUAGAAUAAAAUCUAGUUGUAAUCAUGGUCAUCAAAUGGAUUUGUUUGGAAAGCCACAUCUUUGUGAAAUGUUUUUAAAUCAGAGUAACUAUAAACUGAUUCAUUCAGCUUUUCGUUUGGUUUUGUUCUUGGCUAUCAUACUUGUGACUCAUGAAGAAUUAUUUUGGCAAACAGGAUAAAUUCCACAUGCAUUUUAUUUCCCAGUGAGUUGUAUAAACUUUUUGUUGAAGGUUGUAUGUUAAAUCAAUGUUACGUUCUUACAUCACUUCUUGAGAAGGAAGUUUUGACUUGAAAUUGUAUCAUUUCCUUCAAAAUGAAGGGCAGUGCUUAAAUAAAAGAUUGAUGAUAUCUUUUAAGCCAUUUCCUCUUCACUAUGUCUUAUUAAAAUAAAACCUGUCAAGUUCUUUCGAAAAAAUGCUAUGAGGGUUUCCAAUAAACCAUCUAUUAAAGUUCA